CUCCUCCCUCUAGACACCAAAGAGUCAUCGGUGCUCGACGUAUUGGUGGUCGGCUGUGGGCCCGCAGGGCUCUCUAUCGCGGCAGAGUGCGCCAAGCGCGGACUCACGGUGGGGCUGGUUGGCCGAGAUGCACCCUUCGUCAACAACUAUGGCGUCUGGCUCGACGAAUUCAAAGCCAUUGGGUUGGACCACUGCAUUGACCAAGUGUGGACCGAUACUAUUCUAUACACAGACUCCGAUGUUCCCAUCACCACGGGGAGGGCGUAUGGCCGAGUAGAGCGCUCAAGACUCCACAACGAGCUCGUUCUGAGAUGCCAGCAGGCGGGAGUGCGGUAUGUGGAGAAGGAGGUGGAGAGCAUGGAUGACGAUGCACGGAGCAGCUCAGUGGCGUGCACUGAUGGGUCAAUCAUCAACAGCAGGCUCGUUGUGGUGGCGGCUGGAGCAGCUUCUGGGAAGUUUCUCAAGUACGACAAUGACACGAGAGGCGUGGGCGUGCAAACAGCAUACGGCAUCGAAGUGGAGCUGGACUCAGCCUACCCGUACAACCCAGCCAGCAUGCUGUUCAUGGACUAUCGGGACCUCCAACGCUCCAGGGAGGAGCUGGCAGCCGAAGGGGAGCUCUCCCAGCGCCCCAGCUUCCUCUACGCCAUGCCUUCCACCCCCACACGGGUGUUCUUCCAGGAGACGUGCCUGGCAUCCCGCCCUGCAAUGCCGUUUGACAUGCUCAAAACGCGCCUGCGCAGCCGGCUGGCACAGCUGGGGGUGAAAUACACCGUGACGCACGAGGAGGAGUGGUCCUACAUCCCUGUGGGCGGCUCUCUCCCUCUUACCACGCAGCAGCACCUGGGCUUUGGUGCUGCUGCGUCCAUGAUUCAUCCUGCCACAGGCUACUCUAUCACUCGCUCUCUCACCGAAGCUCCCCACUAUGCCACUGCCCUCGCUGCUGCUCUGCGCUCUCCCAGCCGAACUUCACUAGAAGCUGCAACUCAAGCCUGGGACCACCUGUGGUCAGCAGAGCGCAAGAGGCAGCAAUCAUUCAUGAUAUUUGGCCUCGAGCUCAUUCUGCAGCUCGAUGCACCAGCCACCCGAGACUUCUUCAACGCCUUCUUCAAGCUGCCCCCCAGUUACCCCUCUCGACCCUUCCCCACCACUCCGCUUCUCCCCUCACCCUUCUCCGCCCUUCUUUGCUCCUCACCAACCCUCUCCACCCAUCUCCACCCCUCUCCACCCCUCAGGCUAUGGCGGGGCUUCCUGGCGUCCAACCUCUCCUCCCUCGACCUCCUCCUCCUCGCCUUCUCCACCUUCCUGGUCGCCUCCAACCCUCUCUGCUUCCGCCUUAUCAACCAUCUAAUCGCCGACCCCAGCGGGGCAAACCUCAUCCGCACUUACGCUGGAAUAACAAACCUCACCUUUUCACCCCUCUCCACCCCACUCCGCCCCUCUCCGCCCCUUUCCGUCCCCCUCCACCACUUUCCACCCUGA